AUGUUCUCCACCCUCUCACUAUCGAAUCCCACGUCACAGACAGACGGUGACCGAGCAAGGAACAAGUACUCACGCCUCAUCUGUCUUGGUUGUCAGGGAAGGCGCAUCCGAUGCGAACUGCCUACCAAUAUUGAGCCCCCGGCAUCUGGACAGCUUCAGGAGGCUCAGGCCCCUUGCUAUCGGUGCAGGAGACUAGGCAUCCCGUGUGUCAUCCGGCAACCCAUUCUCGGCCGGCCAAGCGUGAGAAGUAGUGCGGCAUCGGCUGCACAUGUCCAGCGCAGAACAACUUACAAUGACAAAGCUUUCAUCUGGAUCGACACUGCAAAAUUACCAGCACAGUCAGCUUCUGCACAGCUUGAGCCCGCCUUCGCCCAUGACCCAAUCGAUUCGCCACCAGGACCGCACAAUCUCAAUGACUUAUCGCUCAAUGGUCACGCCAGAUACACCAACAAUGGCACACUGCUACUUCACAAGCCUCAGUCGUCCGAGACAUUUGUCAUCAUCAGCGCGAUAGACACGAUCUGCUGCGAGAGGGUAGAAGAAGAGUGGUUUCGCCAUCUGCCAGUUCACUACGGGCACACGCAAGCUCUGGAUCUGGCUGUCAAAGCUCUGGUGCAAGCAUGUGCAUACGCCCGUGGAGUGAAUCGGCUGACAUCACGAGACUGCUUCCAAGCCCUGGCGCCUGUGCUGACUGCUGUGCGAGCAAACAUCAAGCAAUCACAGGGGCAGUCAAGCGAAGAUAUGCUUGCGGCAACCGCACUACUUGCUCCCUUCGAGGGAACGGUCAAGGAAGACGGCGUUCCCUCAUGGCUGCACGUGAAAGGGCUCGCUGCCAUUAUGGUAGCAAGGUCUGAGAUGCACACUGCUACUCAGCUAGGGAGAGAUAUUUUCGACUGGUAUGCUGCCGAAAGCUCAAUCAUGGCGUGCAUCAAGGGUAUACCUUCACCCUUCGAGAAGGUCCCUCGAGCUUAUUUCGUAAGCGAUACUCCGGGAUGCGGCGACAGCGAUCGAGUGCGUAUCAAAGCUCUUGGGAACGAGCUCUUCAUUGGAACUCCACGUCUUGUGAUGCUGGUGCGGAAACUACGAGCUCAGUCGUUUCCGCAGCAUGAGCUGCUUGUGUCCGCGCAGAGACUGUUGCAGUCGAUGCUUGAGCUACAAGAUCCCGAUGUGGAGAGGCGACUGAUGCAAGACAGCACGAUUCCCUCAUCGAACGACUCUGACACCAUCACCGACCUCGCACUUAACAGCCUGCGCUUCGCUUCCCGCAAGGACUUCGAAGCGCUGACAUGCUACUGGCAGAGCCGUUUAUCUCUACUGAGGCUAGAGCGCUGCCUUUAUAAGCUUGCUGUACAUACAGCGGGUUCAGAUGUGCCAUCCUCACUUCUUGCACCAAGCUUUGGACCACAUACAGACGAGAUGCGCCUCCUAGCAAGAAAGAUCCUGAUGUCAGUUGUGCAUGUUCCUGUCUUACCACUCUUCAGACAACAACACCUGCUCGCUCACGCGAUGAUCGUGGUUUGGGGCGCUAUGAAGGAUACCAGUCUGACACAAGGCACUGAAUUGACGGGUUCCUUGUCUGACCUGUUGUUGCGGAGAGUCAACCGUGCACUGAAUGCGAAGCCGGCAUUCUGCCCCGAGGACAUGGAUCAGGCGGCGGAGAUCUUCGUAGGAGGAGAACGAACGGGUAGACUGGCAAGCCUUUACGGCAUGUAG